AAAACCAUAUAAUAUGUUGUAUUCUUUUCCUUUUUUUUCAAUUUUCUUCUGUUUCUUGGGUCUGUGUCUGUUUUACAUUUUCUAUGAAGAUUUAGAUAGAUAUACAAAUGCAAUCAUCCACGUCUCUCGUAUCAAUUUUAAAUUUCCGGAUUAUUUUGAAUUUUUCGUGAAUCGUUAAUUAUCUUGGUUCGGAAAUCACGUUAAUUUUGGAACAAUUGUUUCUUGUUGCACAUCUCACAGGAAAAAGUGUUAGUUCUAAGUAAAAAUAAUAUAUCGGCGAGUGAUUCUAUCACAUGCACCCAUCUAUGGAACUAAAUUGAAAAACUGAGCUUAGCAGUCUGUGGGUGGAAAUAGUGUUUAUGACAGAUAAGUAAACUUGUAUUUUGAAUUGAAAUCAACGAAAGUGUGUAUCAAAUAAAUUUCGCAUUCAACAUGAAUCCACUAACGAAUAUGAAAAAUGUGAAGAAACUCAGCGACCAGGAGCUGUACAGUACAGCUAAAAGCUCUUGGCACGAUCAGUACAAAGACAGCGCUUGGAUUUUCGUCGGAGGUCUACCCUACGACCUGAGCGAGGGAGAUAUAAUUUGUAUAUUUUCACAGUACGGCGAAGUGGUAAACAUAAACCUGAUACGCGCGAAGGACACGGGCAAAUCGAAAGGAUUCUGUUUUCUGUGCUACGAGGACCAAAGGUCCACGGUUUUGGCCGUUGACAACUUCAACGGGAUCAGGAUUCUCAACAGGACCAUCAGGGUGGACCACGUGGCCGAAUACAAAGUGCCCAAGGAGGGGAAACAAACCGACACGGAAACGAAAAAGUUGUACGCGGAAGGGUGCGCCCCCAAAGCUGUGCCGGUCAUUUUACCCAAAAGCGAAAAACCGAGCGAAGAUAUUCGGGAAACCAUCGCCGAUCAGAUAGAAGGCGAACUGAAAUUACCGCCCAGGUUACCCAUAUAUGCCAACAUCAAAGAGCAGAAAAUUUCAGACGAGGAAAAAGAAGUGUUAGCGGAGGAACCGAAGAAGAGCAAGAAAAGGAAGAAGAGUAAAAAAUCGAAAAAGAAACGGAGACGGUCGAGAAGCUCUUCUAGUUCAAGUUCGGAACACGAGACGCGGAUUAAAGUGAAAAAGGAGAACCCCGAUUUAAAACUUGACUCAUUCGAUCGAAGAAACAGGUUAGAAAGUAAUUCUGAUGGCAGAGCAAAAUCGCCACAGAGGUCGGCCAGGUCUAGAAGUCGAGAAAAGGACAGCGAAAAGCCGAAAGUUUUCAGGAACGAGUCGAACGUUUAUAUCCCCAAGAGAUAUCGAUGAUGCGUUUGAAAAGACUACAUCAACAGGUAUCGCAUAAAAUUAAAGUAUCUUGAAAAAAUGUCCGAUCUGAAUGUUGCAGUAAGUUUUCUUCACACAAUUAAUUAUUUUUAAUUUUUGCCCCAGCUAAACAUCCAUUCCUAAGAAGUUCGACUUACUUUUUUUUGUUGCUCUUUUUUAAAAUUAAUGGUACUUAUGUUAACACUUUAUGGUAAGUUAUUAUAUAAUCUAAGUUAAGUAAUUAAACUUAUUAUUUCUAUAAAUUUACUCCUAGGUAUGGGUACCACUGUACCUAACGUUAAAUGUUACCCACCUUUUAUUUUUUAUUUUACAUUUUAGGAGAAAAAAAGUAUAUUGCAAAAGUUGCAGAGUUUAAUAUGUAGAGUUGAUAUUACUUACUUAUUUAUUUACAAGAUAUGUCAAAAAAACAUAUCAAAGUGAUAUUUUGUUCACCAAAGCGCUGUGUAUUAUUUCAUAAAAAGACAGGUUCUUUUACGCUCAUUUCAAAACUAUGUAUCAUAUAUACAAAUGAAUGAUGUCACAAAAAAUUCGUGCUUUAUAUUAAGCAAAAGUGCGAAUAAGUGUUUAAUUAAAUUGAUUAAUUCAAUUAAUAAAAUUCAUUUUAAUUAAUCAUAGCUCUUUAUAUUUUAAUUAUUUUUCCCAUCCAAGAAAUUUCAGAUUAACAAGGGUAUUAUAAGACUGAAAGGCAUUCUGUGUUGUAUAUUUGCCUAUAUAUAUAUUUUUAAUUACUCUUCUCUAUAAUCCAACUUAUUGCACAAAUAGAAUGGAAAUAUUGCAUAAAAUCUGUGAAAUCUAAUGAAUGUGUGCAAUCUAGAAAACUAGCCUCCCAAAAUCUGUGAAAUCUUAUGAUUGUGUGAAAUCUACAAAAUCUUUGUGAAAUCCGCAAAAUAAAUCUAAAUCUUUGUGAACUACGUGAAAUAUUGCGAAAAAUUUGUGAAAUAUAUUCCAAUAUGCAAACAAAUUUUGUUUCAAAUUUUUUACGUUAUUGACUUUUCAAUUGAUAAUAAGCUAUAAAUAUCAUACUAGUUCACUUUGUGCGAUCGGUGAACUAGAAAAUUGCUCAUAGUUUCUGACUAUGAGGAUUGGUCUGAAAAAUAAAUCAGAAUUUCUGGAAAAUAAGUCCGAAUUUUUGGAAGAUACGUCAGAUUUUUAUUUAUUCCAAUUUGAUACAAAAUUACAGACUGAUUGUAAUUUUGUAUCAAAUUUUUUACAUUAUUGAGUUAUUCAAAUUUCAAUAAACAAUAAAUUUUGUACUAAUUCAGAGUAUGCGAUCAAUACACUAGCAAAUUACUCAUAAUUUCUAGCCUAAUCAGAAUUUUCGAAAAAUUGAUCAGGAUUUUAGAAAAAUAGAUCAGAACUUUAGUGUACCGUCUUCUUAAAAUCCAUGGACAUUUUUGAAAUAUUGAGUGACAUUUGGGAAAUGUUAUGUUUCUGUGAAAAUUGGCGAACUAGCUUUGUAAAAUCCUUGAAAAAUUAUGUGAAAUGUGUGAAAAUUUAUGGAUUCUGUGCACCAGCUUCGUGAAACUUGGGAAAUCUUAUGAUUGCAUAACAUUUGGCAUGAAAUCUGUGAAAUGUGUGCGAAAUCCUGGCAAUAUGAUGAUUCUGUCAAAUCUGAUUUACCAGCUUCGUGAAAUCUUAACGAUUGGUGAUCCGUGAAAUCUGUGAAAUGUGUGUGAAAUCCGAGCUAUGUAAACAUCUAUGAAAUUUGAUGUACCAGCUUUGUGAAAUCUCAUGAGU